AUGAAUGAAAAUGAUUCAUUGAAAAGUAACAAUAGUGUAAAUAAUAAUACAAUCACUACUAAUACUACUCAUAAUAGUAAUGAUAGUAGUAAUGAUAGUGCGAUUAAUAAUAAUAAUAAUAAUCAUACUGUUAAUAGUGAUGAUAUGAGUGAUACAAGUAAUAUUCAUAAUUUAUCGAUACCUUCAAAUUCUGCCUUAGAUGCUUUAAUUCAUAUGACCACAUCUACAAUGCAACAAUUAAAACAUGAUGGUGAUUUCUCAGGUAAUUAUUUAAAUUAA